GGAUGGCUUCAUUGUAACUAUCUAUCUAUCUACUCUACUCUACUCUACUCUAACUACUAGUUAGUCUAACCACUUAACUAUCGCCUGGAUUGCCUGCACUGCCAUCUCUGUGAUUGACCAGUCGCCCGGAAGCUCAACCAUCCUCUCGUUUCCAUCUACGCGCAUGCAUUAAUCCUCCCUUCCUCCCAACUGAUCAUUCGAUCCCGCCAUGGAAUCCCCCGCCGUGCCCGUCCCGCUUGAUCCGCACGAGCAGCCCAUCCUCGAGAACCUCAUUCGCAUCCGCGACGGACUCUUGCUGUUGAAGCAGGAUAAGUCCUCCUACAUCAAGUCUCGUGAUGUGAUUCCGUUCUACGAGCAGGUCGUUUCUGAAGUUGAGAGGCUUAAUAGCGUCCGCAAGGACCAGGACCGGCGGCGCCCUUACAAUCGACUGGACUACGUGCUCGAUGAUUGCUUUCAGCUGAUUUCGUUGCUGUUCUUGACCGUUGGGAAGAACAAUGAAGCACCUGCUGUAUAUUCGCUGGCGACCACUGUUCAGCGCUUGUUGGACCACCUCGAAGAAGCCGGCUUCUACAGCGCCAAAGACCUAGAUUCGAUCACCAACACUCUCAAGAAUAUGCGCCAGACAUUGGACCGAGGCCGGAAUACCUAUUCACCACAUCUGCUGAAGCUCCUGGAGAGCCGGCUGGUGCAAUGCCAGAACCUCUUGGACAAGCUGCACGCAGAGCUUGCGACUCUGGACCCGGAGCUGGCGCCCACCCAUGAAACGCUUGUUUCGAUUCUGCGAUCUACCUCGGCCGCGAACACCCGUUCUCAGUUCUCCGUCUCCGAAGUGCGAAGUUAUCAAGAGCAGCUAAAGAAGAUUGAGGCGACCUUGAAGGAUGGCAACUUCGUGGGAGCAGACGGUAUCCCGUUGAAGGGCCAAGAUUUUGUCAAGGCAUUGCUGGAACGAUGUUGGAAGUGGUCUGAAUUGGUCCUGGAGCGACAAGGAAAGAUCGAUGAGCGGUUCCGCGAACCGUAUGAGCGAUUGGUCGAGAUUCGUAACCAAUUGGACCGCCUAUCUGUCACCCAGGCGUGGUCCUUGCGAGAGACGGAUCUUUUCCAGUACCAGAGAAAGCUCGACCGUAUCGACGAGGCACGGGUCGAUGGGAACUUUGUUGAUGCCUUAGGGCAACCGGCCGAUCUUCACGCGCAACGGACAUUGCUUUACCUGAUCCGGCGGAGUUAUGCGUAUAUCUACGCGCUCCUCAUCUCGUCCGAGCCUGUCUCAGAGGCUUUACUGCCAAUCUUCAACCAGCUGCAGACGCUGCGGCGCUGUCUGAUUGAGGUCAAGGAAUCUGGCGGGGUCUCCAACACGCGCGAACUGUAUCCGUACAGUAUGAAGCUGAACUCCAUCGACAACAUGAGAGUUGAUGGCAAGUUCUAUGUCGGAAGCGACAUUCCGGAGGGCCAGGCGAGUAUCAACGCGCUCUUGGCCGAGUGCUACGAUCUCGUGUACGAUCUGCGCACGUCGCUUGUAGAGAGGGAAGACGGGAAACAGAGCGAGACGGAGGCCUGAGUGCGCCUCUGUCGUCUGGCUCGUCUCAUUAUCUGUUGAGGGAUCAUCUGGAGGUAUUAUCUUUGGAUCCGGACUGGCGUUGACGGCGCAAUGAUGCUUUACACACCCCUUCUGUCUCAGUCAUAUAUCACGGCUUGUAGCAUAGAAAGUAGCCUACAGUGGAAUUUAAUUUGCUUGAGCUUUUGUGUCAAUAAAAAAUAAUAAAAUAAUUGCGCCAUCUCA